AUGUUUCAUUUUCUAUUGGUUGGGUUCAUGAUGUUGGCUUUCCUUCUGAUUCGCCGGCAAUGGAGAUCUGCCGUGGUGAGGAGAGAGGAGGUUGUUCGUCUAAUCGCUUUAGCCACCGAAGAAUCUUAUGUGGCGGAGGAAGAGGAGGUUCGAGCCACUGUUGAUUACGCGUCCUCCGUUUCGGAUGUUCAUCGCUGCGCUGUGUGUCUCUACCCAACCACUACUCGCUGCGCUCAGUGCAAAUCCGUCCGUUACUGUUCAAGCAAGUGUCAGAUUCGUCAUUGGCGACGAGGUCACAAGGAUGAAUGUCGAUCGCCUUCUCUUCCUGAAUAUGAUGGAGAAAAGGACAAGUCUUUUCAAUCUCAUGAAGGUUUUGAUGAGAGCAACGAGAGGAUGAAUAGUGAUGGCGUGUCUGUUGAUGUUUCCUUCGACAUGUCUAGAAGUAGGCCUAGUGUUCAGAAGGUACAAGCGAGAUCUGAAGCUGUGGAUUUCACGUCUUCUUUAAACAGAAAAGAUAAUUUCUAUGAGACGAGGCCAUUGAGUAGGAAGAAAUCACUUAACCGCACAGAGAAGGUUGAAUCGUCGAGAAAGUAUUCCAAAGUCAAGACUGAUGUACUUGCUGAUGCAGAGCCGCAAAGAAUUGGUGAUCAAAAUUUGCGUAGGUCAGGUGGUGAUUCGGCUGAGAUGUCAAUUCCGGAUAAACUUUUGUCAGUUGAGUAUGAAGGAGAAAUGAAAGGACUUGGACAUGGAAAAAGUACUACAUCUGAACCUUCUGGUGCUUCUGCUGCAAUGUCGUCUUCAACUAUUCCCUUACCUUCAAAAGCUAAUAGUAAGCCAAAAGUGUCACAAGCUUCAAGUAGUGGACUGAAAACAUCUGUGCAGAAAGUUGUUCAGCAUUUUAGACCCCCAAAGUCGUCAAAACUAUCUCAACCUGAAGGAGAAAUGAAUCAGAUGAGCUUCUCUUAUGAGAUGUUUGUGAAACUUUAUUGUGAUAGAGUAGAAUUACAACCAUUUGGCCUUGUGAACUUGGGCAACAGCUGUUAUGCAAAUGCUGUUCUUCAGUGCUUGGCAUUCACUCGGCCGCUGAUGUCUUACCUAACUAGGGGCGUACAUUCUAAAGCGUGUCGAAAGAAGAGUUGGUGUUUUGUUUGUGAGUUCGAAUUCUUGAUUUUGAAGUCAAGGGUAGGAGAAUCUCCUCUCUCACCUAUCAAGAUCUUGUCAAGAUUACAGAAGAUUGGGAAGCAUCUUGGCCCUGGAAAGGAAGAGGACGCCCACGAAUUCUUAAGGUGUGCUGUUGAUACAAUGCAAUCUGUAUUUCUCAAAGAAGCUGAUGCAACUGGCCCGUUUGCUGAAGAAACUACUUUAGUAGGCCUUACUUUUGGUGGUUAUCUUCACUCCAAGAUUAAAUGCAUGAAAUGCCUCCACAAGUCUGAGCGAUCAGAGGUGAUGAUGGACCUAACUGUUGAGAUUGGUGGGGAUAUAGGAAGCCUGGAAGACGCACUUGCUCAAUUUACAGCCUAUGAAGUCCUAGAUGGAGAGAAUCUGUACUUCUGUGGCAGAUGUAAAUCUUACCAGAAAGCCAGAAAGAAAUUGAUGAUACUAGAAGGACCCAAUAUUCUUACUGUUGUGUUGAAACGUUUUCAGUCUGAUAACUUUGGGAAGCUGAGUAAACCCAUCCGUUUUCCCGAGCUUCUCGAUAUAAGCCCGUAUAUGAGCAACCCUGGGGAUCAUCAUCCUGUGUAUAGUCUCUACGCAGUGGUGGUCCAUUUAGAUGCUAUGAGCACUUCAUUUUCAGGACAUUAUGUUUGCUACAUAAAGACCCUUCAUGGAGAUUGGUUCAAGAUUGAUGACAGCAGUGUGUUCCCGGUUCAAUUAGAGACUGUGUUAUUAGAGGGAGCAUACAUGCUUCUGUAUGCAAGAGAUUCUCCGAGAGCGGUGAGCAAGAACGGUGGUGGUCGGAAAUCAAAGGAAAGAAGGAGUUUGGCUGCGAUUCCGUCAAGGCACGACGACAAGAAGAAGAAACAGAGAGACAGCAGUAGAAGUAGUAGUUUGUUGCCACGUGUGGAUUCGUCGAGUGGAAGUUUAUCGUCAAUGUUUAGCUCCUCGGAGACGACAAGCUCAUGCAGCACAAAAGACUCUUCAGGCAUUGAGAACUUUUCUGAUUACUUGUUUGGUGGUGUUGAACCGGUUUGGAACCGGGAUCCUCAUGAUUCAUCUGCUCAAACGUUUAUUUGA